AUGUUACAGAAAGUCAAGGAAGGCAAGGAGAAAGUCAAGGAGAAAUUUUUCAAGAAGAAAGAAUUGCAAAGUCAACCACUCGCAGGGGAACCCGCACCCACGCUGCAAUCGUCAGCCAGGGGUAACGCUCGUGGCAUUGUUUGGAAUGGAGUUGUGGGCUUGUUGGGUAUCGCUGAACAGAGCUUGGAUGGUGUCCCGGUUCCUGGACUCAAGAGUGCGAUCAGCGUCUUGCUUCAAGUAGUUAACUGGUUGCAACAGGGCACUGACAGCACCUAUGCGAUUCGUCAACUUGAGAACAGUGUCAAAUUCUUUAACCAAUCAGUAUCAGAGCCACUCAAAAAAUAUAAAGAAAAAGGUAUUCCACCCGAGCUUUCCCAAGCAAUCGAAAUUCUAUCGGCGUGCGUUUACGUCUCCCGAGUAUUUCUCCUGGUAGGGAAUAAUCUGAAUGUCCCUUUCAGCAAUUUUGAUAAGGCUAUUUCGCCUUUGAAAUUGUACCGCGGCCAAAAUGUUGUUCAACAGUGGGCGGAUCGUGACAAAAUCGGGGGCGAUAUCGUAGCAGCUGGGGAAGGGGUACGCGAUGCUGUGAGCGCCUUUCAAGUGGGUAUCCUCCACCUCCUGAAAGCCGUGCACCAAGCGCUGAUUAAUGGACAUAGGCUGCGCAAGUAG